CCAAGACUAUCCGAUACGACAGUCAUCUGCAGCCAUCGCUACGCUCUUCUGCUUGCGCCGAUAGAAGUUUUGCUUGUUUUGCAAGCGUCUCGUAGUGAUUGUAAGGCUCAGAUCGUAAAUGUUAUGUCACUAGUGAAGUAAGUGAACAUAAUUCUUGGCCUUCAAUCUGUUAUCAAUGGAAAGUGAGCAGCGCGCAGAAGAAAAGACUGCGCGAGUGAUUGUGUACCGAAACGGAACAAAUCGCGAUGGCAAGGUGUUUCUGGUUCCCGGAUCUCUCGACGAGCUGCUUAAAGCUAUCAGUUCCAAGUUCGGAAUCCAAGCUAAACGGCUGUUUACUUGUAGAGGUGGAGAGAUCGACGACACAAGUCUAAUAAGGGACGAAGAAACCUUGUUUGCUUCAUCUGGCGAAAGCUUUACUGACGCGUCAUGCUCAGCACCACAGCCCCUGGCCUCUGGUAACCCAGACUGGGUCUUGCUUAAUGUGGGAGGAAAGUACUUCGCUACUACAAGAAGCACAUUGGUUUCCAAAGAGCCCUGCUCUAUGCUUGGUCGUCUGUUCAGCGAAGGUGCUGAUGGUGUAGUAUGGCCAAGUGCCAAGGACAGCCACGGAGCUUACUUGGUUGAUCGAAGCCCUACCUACUUUGAGCCAUUGCUCAACUACCUUCGUCAUGGGCAGCUUAUUCUGGAUCGAGGGGUUUCGCCACGGGGUGUCUUAGAAGAAGCAAAGUUUUAUGGAAUUGAGUCCGUCAUUCCAGAGCUGGAACGGAUUAGUCAGCAGAGUGAGUGUGAUCCUGGUGACUGCCUUCCACUGACAAGGCAAGAUGUGAUUCGAAUCCUCACCAGAACAUCUCACCUGUCAGAACUUCGAUUUCAGGGUGUGGAUCUGUCGGGUGCGGACCUGUCUCGGCUGGACUUGCGGCAUAUCAACUUCAAAUGGGCCAACCUGCGCAAAUGUCGCCUAACGUGGGCCAACCUGAGUUACUGUUGCCUCGAACGUGCUGACCUCACCCUGGCCAACCUCGAAGGUGCGCAACUAGUUGGGGCCAAAAUGAUGCGUGCCAACAUGGAGGCAGCCCACCUGCGCUCUUGCAACAUGGAGGACCCUGCCGGAAACAGUGCCAACCUUGAAGGAGUGAAUCUGAAGGAUGCUGAUCUGGAUGGUAGCCAAAUGGCCGGGGUGAACCUCAGAGUGGCGACUCUCAAGAAUGCAAAUCUGCAGAACUGCCAUUUGCGCCAAGCCAUCCUCGCUGGUGCUGAUCUCGAGAACUGCAACUUGUCUGGAAGCGACCUACACGAAGCGAAUCUUCGGGGUGCCAACCUCAAGGAUGCUGUCAUGGAGCUCAUGUUGACACCACUGCAUAUGGCUCAGGCCAUCUGAUGACUGCUGUUUGUGUGUGUGUGUGUGUGCCUAUCAAGCAGUGGUGUGUUUUCCCGGUGGAUUGCUAUCUUCCUCACUCUGGUGAAACUGUUAUCAGGUGGCCCAUGAUGGCAGUGCGCGAUCUGCUUCAGUCUAUUUUUAGUUGCAUAUUGCCUAGUAGUAUUAGUACCAGCUACUUGGUGUGCAUUCGGAAACACGAGUUUGUAUUUUACAUUUGUUCUUUGCUUUGCAUGUUUCCUUGUUUUCAUUGCUUUGUUAACCUUUUUAAUAGCAAUAACUGUAGAAAGUUGUAGGAAGUCCAGAUGUUAAUAUAUGUUUGUUACGGAGUGCUUCUUGUGACAGCCUCAUGAUGUCAACAAACACACAAAAUAUAUCUGCAACUCUAUCCUUAUAUUUUUUUUUUUUCUGAGCAAGUACAAAGUCAGGGGGUUAUUUAACUAACUAUGCAAAUUUCAUUUAAGAAUGUUUUUAAUGCAUAAACAACACUUUACAAGCAUAAAUAAUUUUUCUAUGAAUGCAGUAUAGACCACUUAUAACGUACUAUAUAGUGCAGGACCGGAUAUAGUACCGGUUAUAGUGCAGGACCGGAUAUAGUACGGUAUUUUCAGACUACCGUUAAUUUCCCCAUAGAACUCCAUGUAUACGCAUACCUCUUACAGUGAAGCCGCGUGAGACGAAAUACUGGUUAUAUUGCGGCUUCCGGGGGAAAUCUCGCCGACAAGGGCGGCAGUGAGCACGCUUCUCAACAAGGUGCGUGCUCCCGGCCGGCGUAUGCAUUAUUCAAUGCAGUCAAACUCUCGUUAAUUCGGACUUGUUUGGCCGCACAUCGGUUACUCUGGACCACUUUCGGAGCUCGGUGAGCGAGGACCGCAGUAAAUGUGCAACGCAAACGAGCAAGAACGGCGCUAGCGUCCAACCGAAACGAAGCGGCGGAGUCCGCAUCGCCACAGCGAUCAGUUGAAAUCGUACGGGAAUGACAGCAACGCCGGAACGCUUAGAGCCUAUUUGUGUUAGGGAGCCUAUACAUGCAAGUUCUUGCAUGUAGGCUCUUUAAUUUGUUUCUUUAAAGCCUGAAUUCUUGCGUUUACUGCCGCGCAUAACACCGCGUUGGCCGCGGGCUUUCGUAACUGUGUAGUCGUAAUCAACGAUCGCGUCGAUAACGGCCGCGGUUUUCUCCGCAGCGGUUGCGGUGAACAGUAGUUUCGUUUUUACUCGGUACGCGCGUCGGCAAAGUAAAGGAGGCAUUGGCCUAAAAAACUGCGUAGUCGCCAUCGAUCGCAUAGAUAUAUAGCGACCACGGUUUCGACCGCAGGUGUUGCAGCGAAUGGUAGUUAAUUCGUCCAGACUCGGUGCGUGCGUCGGGCGCGUGCCUUCAGCACUGCUAGGUCGCCAUUUGUCAUCGUGUCGAUAGCGGUCACGGUUUUUUUCCCCAGCGGUUGUGGUCAACAGUUGUUUCGUUAUGACUCCGUGCAAAGCUGUCGAGCUUGAAGAGCACCGGCUACAUCGCGAUUAUGUUUUCGCCAGCUCACUGGCGAAAACGUAAUCGCGAUGUGCGCGCGAUAGUACAAAGCGGAUCUACAUGCUUGGUCUACAUGUUUUGCAUAUGUGCAGGGCUUCAAAAUCGUUGUUUUGGUUAUAGUGCGGUACCAUUUAUAAUGCAGAUAUUCGCGACUCCGGCGACUUACGUUAUAAGCGGUCUACACUGUAUAUCCACUUACCUUACAUAAACUAACAUUAAUCUGUGUGACAAUGGUGUGAUGCAAAAUAAACAUAAAACAUUUCGUUUGAAAUGUGAGCACAUGACAAGUGUUCUCUCUCCAGUCUUUUCUGUGUGAAGUGCGGAUCACUCUGCAGUUAUAGCUCAGAUAUUCAAGCACUUAGCAUUUCCUGUGUACACAAUCUGCAACACAGUUAGGGCUUAGCCUUCUCGUAUAAAUGUUGCAUUUAUCUUAAUUCCAGAACUCAUACACUUGAGGGACCGUUAAACUAAAAAGACGGCAAGUCCUUGCUAAUACAUUAAUUUUUGAGUCACAGCCUUCAAAGUCACAGUUUAUAGUCUCUUGUAUCAAGUUGAGCUUCAUAAUAAGCAGCCAAGUGCCGCCUUGUUCCCAGAGUCUUACGUAUGCAAAUUUCACUAAUAAAUUUAUAGCACAUCAUGGUUGGAAGUUCCGACACUGCAAUAAAUAUCUGACUAGUGCUGCGGAAUGUUCUCACAGGUAUCUACAAAUCAUGUAUGCGUGCAUGCUAGAGUCAAGUCUACACAGUACACUGUCCCAGUAUCACAAGCCUGGCAUGCUAAGGCCAUGCGAGUGAAUGCUUGCCCUCAGAAUCGUCUGCUUAGCAAGUAAAUCAACAACUAGUCUGUGAACACAGUAAUGUUGGUAACAAUCUGUACCAUGUAUCUGGCCAGGUGUGUACUUUGUGCAUGUCAUUUAUGCAGUGAUGGUUGUAUGGAAUAAAGUUUCAUACUAAAAAACCUGUUUAGCACAGCUGGCAUCGAUUCAAAGGCAAGCCACCUUCCUAGUACAUGUCACCACGAAAAUUUGAUAUGCUGAAGUAUAUACAUACAGUAAAACCUCAUUACAAGAGACACUCAAGAGGCCUGGGAAACAUGUCUCUUGUAAUCAAAAAUUCUAAUAACACUGAGGAGUCGGACUACACCACUUUAUUAUACAUCAGCAUCAAAGUGUGUUUAAGCACAUCUUUGAUGCGAACAGAGCUGUCUCAUGGAAACGAUGGCUCCCGAGUCCGACUACCGGCAUACAAAGCGAACAGCACCGCAGACGCUGCGACGGAAAUCCAACUCAAUGGUACUCUGUCACAGGGUCGGUGUGGGAGCGCAACAGCGAUUAUAGAAGCAUAAUGACAGAAAAUUCAGUGCAAUUUGUGGUCGCAACCAUGCGAGGAAUGACAUCUUGCUGCGGAACGGAACAAAAUCGAGCCAAGGGAAUGAAAAUUGCAGCGCAUACAGCUUGGUACGACGUUGGCCGCGUCACAUGAGCGUGUCUGGGUUGUGUCUCUUAUAAAUAGUUAAGAAUUUACUCUAGGGACCUAAAAAAGUUGUCCUUAGUAACCGAGUGUCUCUUGUAACCAUGUCUCUUGUAUGCGAUGUUGUUAACAUGGCGAACAUAGGAAACCAACCAAACCAUUUUCAAAUGUCUCUUAUAACCGAGGCUCUCUUGUAACAGUGUCUCUUUUAACGAGAUUUUACUGUAGCAGGCAGUAUUGGAGUCCUGAAACAUAAUCACGGUACUGGCAGUAUAGUUACAUAACUGUCUUAUCAUCGGGCAGAAGAACCUUAGAGAAGCUAGAGGGUGCAACCAACGUAGUAUAUGGGAAUGUCAUUACAUGAAAGCUACAACAUGUAUAAUGUCAUUAUACAUGUAGGCCGCAAAGGUGAGAAGAGGUGGCAUCAAGAAUAAUAAACGAAUAAAGGGUUCAGUAUAGAGCUCAGAGAAAUUUCUUAUUGCCUCAGUGCCUAUUGCUCUUCUGAACACUAGCCUGUUUAAGGGACCCUUAAGUCCACUAAAGCAGUGGUUCUGACACUUUUACCAUCAGAU